AUGCCGCCGUCGCGCCACGCCCGGAAGCGCCCGCUGUGGUUCGUGUGGGACCCGGCGGGCAUCGUCAUCGCGGCCUUCGCGUGGGUGCUGCUCUUCGCGCUGCUGGGGGCCGUGCUCACGUCCAUCUCGCAGUGGGUGGGGCUGCUGUCGCUCAUGGGGGCGACCGAGGGCCUCUGGUUCACGGGGCUCUUCGCCAUGUGCCUCUGGUGCCACGUCGUGGUGGCCACCAGCAACCCGGGCACGGAGGUGGAGGAGGAGAUGCUUCUCAACGAGUACGAGGAGACGGAGGACGACGGCUCGCUGCUCAUCUACUGCGACGAGUGCGAGAUCUACCGACCGACAAGGGCAAUGCACUGUCACACGUGCGAGCGGUGCAUCGUACUGCAAGACCAUCAUUGCCCGUGGGUGAACAACUGCGUGGGCAUCGGCAACCAGAAGGCGUUCCUGCUGAUGCUGCUGUACGUGACGGCCACGAGUGUGCAGGCGGCGCUGCUGGUGCUGAUGCAGUACAUCAUGUGCUCGCGGGGCAAGUACUCGUGCGGCCUGCAGAACGACCAGUUCCCGGGCAAGUUGGGCGGCUGGAUCCUUGCGGCCGCGGCCGUGUUCGGGCUCUUUUGCUCGCUCAUGCUGGCCAUGGAGCUGUACAAUAUAUAUCAGGACCCACUGUUCACGAUGAUCGCCAACCAGCUCUCGGCCCGCCGCGGCGGCGACAAGUCGCAGUCAACACUGGAGCGGCAUCUGAGUGUCAUCUGCGGGACAGACGGCAUGCGGGCGUCGUGGUUCUUUCCUCCGCCCGAGCGGCGCGCGCUGCACGACAUGGAGAUUGUGCAGGGCUUCCGGUGUCGCCCCGAGGAUGCGGACGUCUGCUAG